CCACGCGCACUUCGUCGCGCGUGCUUCACACCUCCUCUUCCUUAAUAAUCCAACUAGCCUUUUCCAUAACAAAGGUUUCAUCAGUUCUUACACAAAACUCAGUCUCUCUUUCUUUUUCUGUUGCUUUUUGCAAAUUUUCCUUUGUAUUUCCCUUUGCGCAAAAUUAUAAUCAUUCAAAAAUUCAAUCGGAAAAAAAAGCAGGAACAAUCUUCAGUGCCCCGCAUGGGCAAUCAUAAUCAUCCUCCUCUGCCCAAUCACAGCCGCUCAUCACUCCCCAGACCCAAUCAUGGCCCCACCACCUCACGGCCUGCUGCUCUCACUCCUCUCCUCCUCCUCCUCCUCCUCCUCCUCCAGCUGCACCCCGCAGCUGGCCAGAACGACGCCGGCACCCCGCCGCCGAACCAGCAGCCCGGCCCCUACCCCUACGGCCAGAGGUUCAAUCCCUCUAUGGCCAUAAUCAUGGUGGUCCUGGUCAGCGCCUUUUUCCUCAUGGGCUUCCUCUCCGUCUACAUACGGCAGUGCGCCGCCUACCGGUUCCGUGGUGGGGCUUCGGACCAGACUGAAAGGCCGUACCUGUUCGGCCUGGGGGCGGCACGUGGUAUCGACACGUCCGUGAUAGAUAGCUUCCCGACGUUCCAGUACUCCUCCGUCAAAGGGCUGAAGAUCGGGAAGGGCUCGCUCGAGUGCGCCGUCUGCUUGAAUGAGUUCGAGGACGACGACGUUCUCCGGUUGCUUCCGAGGUGUAACCAUGUGUUUCAUUCCAAUUGUAUCGAUGUGUGGUUAUCCUCCCACAACACUUGCCCGGUUUGCCGGGACAACCUCUUGCCGAAACCCGGCGAGAAGUUCGACCCGCCAAUCCUUGAUGUGGCCGAACCGGAACCGAUUGUACCUACCAGUGACAUGCCGGACCAAGUGCGCGUUUGUGUCGAGGACGAACGGGGUACGAACUUGGAGUCACAAUUACCAUCGCAAGUUGAUAUCUCAUCUCCACCGACCAAUAAGAGUAGGCCGCCGCGGUCGAGAUCAACAGGGAUGCGAUUCGCUAGAUUACUGCCAUUCCCUCGUUCACACUCAACGGGCCACUCUUGGGUUCAGCCGGGGGAGGAUCAUGAGCGGUUCACCCUGCGGUUGCCUGAGGAUGUUCGGAUUGAGAUAAUUAGGACUGCAAGCCUGAACCGGGCAAACAGCUGCGCCACGGCCUUUCCUCGUUCAAGGAGUGCGAGGACAGGCUAUAGGAGGAGCGAUAGAAAUGGCGGCGGGAGGAGCAUACGCGGGAGGAACUACUUCAACUACGAGCGGUUCGAUCAGGAAGACCAGGCUGGUCGGUGGGGUUUCUCAGGGACUCCUCCAUUCAUCGGGAGGACCCGUUCAGUCCGGUCUGCAAAGGGUGAUGAUAUAGCGAUGACCCCACCGCAGUCCAGGCCGGAGACAUUGCCACCAAUUAGCCCGCUGUUCAUCGGAAAGGACGGCGACGACGAUGACCGAUCAUCUGACAGACUGCAGCCUCCAGAUAGUCAAGUUUAGGAUUUUGACUAGUGCAGAAUUUUUUGUAAAUUUGUGUACAUAGAGUUUUUUUCUUUCUUGUGAUUUUAUUUAUUCUCAAUUAGCAUUUCCAUCUAUUUUUCUUCCAAGUUUAUAUUUGUAUGUUAUGAUUACAUCUUCAGCUUCUUUUCUGGUGAGAAGGCAAGCAUCGUUCGGUGCUUGCUGUUGUGAUGUAGGAAGAGCCAAAGGGUCAAUCAAAUAAUUUUUCUUGCCCAAAGAAGAAAUUUAAUGAGAUUUUUUUUUGGUAGAUAA